AUGUCCACCACUACUCUCCAUGACAUUCACCCACACAUCAUCCAGACCCACAUCUUACCACGACUCGACGGCCCAUCUCUCUCCACCGUCGCCGCCGCCUCAUCCUUUCUGCAAGCUCUCUGUUCCGACGACCAUCUCUGGGCCCACGUCUCCAACGCCACUUGGCCCUCGAUAACCCAUCCACGUGUCCAACGCCUCAUCUCCACUUUCCCUGCCGGCUACCGUUCGUUCUUUGACGAUUCCUUUCCGGUUCUAGUCACCCACCGUAACCGCCGACGCACCUGGUCUAAAUCCAAACCAGAUUGUUAUCUUCACCUUUCAUCUCGUCAUCCAUGCCCAUCUGAACUCAUCUCAGCCGUUGAUAUACGCUACAAGGACAAUGUUAUUUUCUCCCGAGUUGAAUUCACCAACACCACAAAUGAUUUUCUAUCGCCGGCGUUUCGGAUCGAAUUAAACAACAAACAAGAGAACUUCCAAUCCAUCAACUUGAAAGUGGAUGAGCUGGCAGGAGCCGACCAAGAAACGUUGUCACACCUGAAAGAAUCCGUAACAUUAAACUGGAUCCUAAUCGACCCGACCCUGAAACGGGCAGGUAACCUAUCCAGCAUCAAAGCGGUGAGUGCACGGCAGGACUGGAUGACCAACGAGACCCUCCUCAGAUACGUCACCGUUUUACCAGGACGUGAGCCGAACGAAGUGGUACAAUGUAGAAUACAGGUGGUAUUAGGAGCUGGUGAAGGAGGUGUGGGAUUGCAUGUGAAGGAGGUGACACUAAAAUUACAGGAUCUGGAUUGUAGUUGCUUAAAUGGGAGGGACUUUUUGGUAAUUACACAAGGGGUACUUUUGGGUGAAGAUGAAGUGAAGAGAAAGGUGGUGGGUGAUGGGGAAGUAAGGAAGAUGUACAUGGAGUUCAAGCAAAUGAAAAGGCAGAGAAGUGAGUGGAUGAAAAAAGAAGAAGAAAAGAUGGAGUUUGCCAUUAAGCUCAAUUAUGUUCUUAUGCUUGUGUCUUUUCUAUUUUCUGUUUAUUUUCUCAGCUUAUUGGUAACAUAG